AUGGCGCCAUCGGCCACCACCAACGGCUAUGGGGGGAUGUAUCUCCCCGACGACGCUGAUAGAGCUGGACUUGCUCUCAGGGAACAAACGCGCCCACUGUUGAACAACCCAUCACCGGAUGAUGUUGAAAUUCUGGAGCAAUUGUACGGUUCCCGGAAGAAGAUGCGUAUCGCCGUCCUCGGUGCUGGCAUGUCUGGGUUGAACUUCUUCAAAACCGCGGAAGAGAGACUGAAAAAUGUCGAGAUCAUAUGCUACGAAAAGAACGCCGAUGUUGGCGGCACCUGGUAUGAGAACCGUUAUCCAGGCUGUGCCUGUGAUAUCCCCAGUGUGGUAUAUCAGUUUCCCUGGAGACCCACGUCAUGGUCCCGGUACUACUCAUACUCGCCCGAAAUUUGGGACUACAUCAAAAAGGUCGAGCAGGAGAACAAUUUUAUUGAGAAGUAUGUCAAGUUGCGGCAUCGAAUUGUCGCUCUUUCUUGGGACGAGGGCACCGCUCAAUGGACCGUCCGUGUGCAGGACCUCACCACGGGACGGGAAUUCGAGGAUCAUGCAGAUAUAGUCAUCGACGGGGGUGGAGUUUUGAACAAAUGGAAGUGGCCGGAUAUCCCUGGUCUGCACGAUUUCAAGGGCACCCUCCUUCAUUCAGCCCAAUGGGAUCAGAACACGGAUCUCAAGGGUAAACGGGUCGCACUGGUCGGGGCGGGAAGCAGCGCUGUUCAGAUCCUACCGAACAUCUACGACAAAGUCGACAAGGUAUAUACCUGGAUUCGGAACAAGAUCUGGAUCACAGCCGGUUUCGCUCAAGCAUUCGCAGGCAAAGAUGGUGCCAAUUUCAUUUACAAUGAGGAACAACGGAAGCUGUUUGAUGAUCCUGACGAGUAUCUGGCCUACUGUAAAAUGAUCGAAGGUGAGCUCAAUCAACGGUUCGGCUUCAUCAUCAAUGGUUCCGAGGCACAAAAGGCAGCCCGGGAAUACUCUGAGAACGAAAUGAGGACGCUGCUCAAAGACCGGCCGGACCUACUGGAGAAGAUCAUGCCGACCGAGUUCUUCGUCGGGUGCCGUCGGCCGACUCCUGGAAACGGAUACCUGGAAGCCCUGACGGGCGAAAAAACCACGGCGUUUGCAUCGCAGCUGCAAAAGAUCACGGAAAAGGGCUUCAUCGAUCCAGACGGCCAAGAGAGGGAAGUCGACGUGAUAAUCUGCGCCACAGGCUUUGACACCUCGUACAAACCCCGUUUCCCGCUGAGUGUCAACGGUGUUUCGAAAAAUGAAGAGUGGAAAGAUCACCCUCACGUCCCUUCGUACUUGAGUCUCGGCCUGGCCGAGGUUCCCAAUUAUUUCGUCUACGGCGGCGCUUACUGUCCGUCGGCACAUGGCAGUUUCUUCCCCUUGAUCGAAGGGUACUGUAACUACACAGUCCAAGUGAUCGAGAAGAUGCAGGUGGAGAACAUUCGGAGUCUGCGACCCAAGGCGAAGGUGGUGGACCAAUUCUUGAGACAUGCAGAUUCCUUCUUGAAGAGGACUGCAUGGACCGGACCCUGCUCAAGCUGGUUCAAGGGCGGCAAAGUCGACGGAAAACCCGCCGUCUACCCGGGCUCGCGGCUUCAUUUCCUGCGCCUGCUCGAGAAGCCGCGCUUCGAGGACUACGAGAUCGAGUACGACGACCAGGACAACAUGUUUGGCUUCUUCGGCAACGGCUUUCACGUCUGCGAGAGGGACGGCAGCGACAUCACCUGGUACAUGGGCAAACCUGGGAGAGAGGUGGACGAGGAGAAGAUUAAGAGGGUCAUGGACGGCACCAAGGGAAUUGAGAUGAAGAGGGCGUCGUGA